UGAGAACGAGGAGAACUUGUCCGGGCAGAGAGCAGGUCAGCACCGCGGACAGAGGCACCCAGCAGCCACGCCGUCGCCCUUCCGGCUUUGCUCUCGCCCCACGUCGCCCAACACUCGCGCCAUGACCGCGGAGGCUUACCUGCAAGGAGCGGUGGUCUCGGCAAGCCAGUUUUUCGCGAUCUGGCGCCAUUACGACGCCGAUGGCAAUGGAUACAUGGAUGGAAAGGAACUGCAGAGUUUUAUCCAAGAGCUGCAGCAGGCACGAAAGAAAGCUGGAUUGGGCUUAACCCCAGAAAUGAAAACUUUUGUGGACCAUUUUUCAAAGAGUUCUGAUGGAAAAAUAGGAAUUGUAGAGCUUGCUCAGAUACUGCCAACAGAAGAAAACUUCCUAUUAUUCUUUAGAUGCCAGCAGCUGAAAUCUAGUGAAGACUUCAUGCAGACAUGGCGAAAGUACGACAGUGACCACAGUGGGUAUAUUGAUGCUGAAGAGCUUAAGAGCUUUUUGAAAGAUUUGCUACAGAAAGCAAACAAGCAGAUUGAUGAUUCAAAGCUAUCGGAAUACACAGAUAUUAUGCUCAAGAUGUUUGAUGAAAACAAUGAUGGAAAGCUGGAACUGACAGAAAUGGCCCGGUUACUCCCAGUACAGGAAAACUUCCUCCUUAAAUUUCAGGGUGUUAAAAUGUCUGCAAAGGAAUUUAAUAAAGCCUUCGAUACAUUUGAUUCAGAUGGGAAUGGUUACAUAGAUGAACAUGAAUUAGAUGCUUUGCUAAAAGAUCUCUGUGAAAAGAACAAAAAGGAAUUAGAUAUCAGUAACCUUGCAACCUACAAGAAGAACAUUAUGGCCUUGUCUGACGGAGGAAAACUUUACAGAACAGAACUUGCUCUCAUCCUCUGCGCUGGGGAAAAUUAGAGUCUGCCAUCAUUUCCACUCCAACCAGUGAUAUAUUGUAUCUUUAAAAACAAAAACAAAAUUAACUGUGCACUAUAAGGGAGUAGGCUUUACUUUCUUUUAUACCUUGUAAAUUUAAAAUUGCAUAUAGAUAAUUAGCCAGGUUGUGUGGCACAUUCUUUUCAGCUUGUUUCUACAAUGUUCGUAAUGUACAGCUUUUGUAACUAAAGAGGAUGUCUUAAUUAUUUGGGCCAGUCUGUCAAUACAUUUACCAAUAAACAUGGCUGUGUUUUCAUGAGACAAGGGAGAAGGUUUUAAGAGCGUGGCUGAGAUUGGUAUUGGCUAGGUCUCCAUUAAGCAAAUAGGCUUUUGACAAUGUCAGAGAGAAACAUGAGUUCCAAAUCAAUUUAGGAAGAUGGUGGAUUUCUUCUUUUUCUUUUUCCUUCCUUCCUUGUAAAGGAAUGUAAGUCGUGGGAGGGAGGCUGUUGGAAUCCAACAGAAUCUUUUGGUGGCAUCCAUCUUCUAGAAAGUGGUGGUCAGCCUUUUUUGGCAAGUGUGCUACAGGUCAAUCAGUCCAAAACGACUGGUCACCUCUUUUUAGGAGAUACCUGAAACCAUUGAGAAAUGUUUAAGAAGUCCCUUAUUUGCAAACCAGUUUUAGGUAAGAAAGGAUUCGUGGGAUAGAAGCAUCGGCAGUGCUGUAGUCUACUUUGAUCAGGCCAACUUCAGACAUGUUAUGUCUUUGCCCUGCAACUGUCUUAAAUUCACUACCAAGGUCAACAGAGGCUCUGGAUGUGAAGGUACUGAACACCCUGAGGAGCUUUUAAGCUUCCCUGAUUGCCUGGCAAGAGCAACACUGUAUUUUUACUGGACAAAUGGCAGGUUUCUAAUCAGUUAAAAGUAGAUAAUUAAUACAUAAAUUUGCCUAUUUUAAUCUUUAGCAUUUGUAAAUGCUAUGUCAGAGAAUGUAUCAGUCCGUUUUUCUAAAACUGUUUCCACAUUUAGCAGAAUAAUUCUAUCAUUCUGUGUAAUCUAUAAUUAAAUUUAAUAUGCUAAUAUAUUGGCAGCUAA